AUGUCACCGCCCGUACGUGUCGCCCCACCAAAAUCCGCUCCACCGGCAUUCACUCGUCACAUGAUAUUCACGUCACCGGUUCUCCUUGUACGCCCAACAGCUACCAGGAAUCUACAUAUGUCUGCGCCUCAGUAUCGCAUCGAACACUACCUUGACCUCAGAAGCACGGAUGACGUGAAUCGAAUAUUCCAAACAACUGGAUCGCCAAGCUAUGAUGCUGCCUUCAGAAGCUCACCUCUACGUCUGCCUGUUUUUGCGCUUACUGAAUGGCGCUGUCGCAGCCUUCAAAUGCCCAACAUGGUCGCGUAUUCCGGACAUUGCUACAACUAG